UGUAAUGCGGAAAGUUUCCAGCAGAAAUCAUCCGAUAUUUACAAUGACAUGACUGUCAAAACAGCUUUUAAGCAUCUCUCGUACCCGUGACCUCUCAAUCCCUCCUCUGAUUGGACGGCUGGGAUUCAGAUUCUCGACGUCAUGGCAACAGGGUCUCGGAUGUGAGUGAUGGAGCCUGCAGAUGAUCUGGCGUCCUUCGAGGUGGUCCACCUGCCGAACCUGUCGAACCCGGGCCCGCUGGAUCUCAGCGCUGACGUCGACGGACACGUCCAGCAGUCCAAGGAGAAGACCAAACUCAAAACCAAACUCGUUUCUGCCUGGAAUAACGUCAGAUAUGGAGGCUGGUCUCUGAAGGGCAAGCCGCGUCUGAGUAAGAGCCGUCCCGUGUGUCUGCUGGGACAGUGCUAUCAGCUGAGCUACUCGGGAGAGCGAGAGUGUUUCCGGCGGGCGUUCUCCUCGCUGCUGUGGAUGACCUACAGGAGAGGCUUCCCGCCUCUGGACGGCUCGGCCCUCGGCUCUGACGCGGGAUGGGGGUGCAUGCUCCGCAGCGCACAGAUGCUGUUAGCUCAGGGACUGAUCCUGCACAUCAUGCCUGCGGGCUGGACGUGGCCUGCGACGCAUCACCAGACUAAAGAUGACCUGCAGGUGCUGGACUCUCUCACACAGGCCGGGUCCCUCAGAGACUCGGGGAAACCCCGCCGGCUCAGCCUGGGCACUGCGCUGGACGGUGAGUCCCAGGAGGAGAGCGCUCACCGCAGGCUGGUGUGCUGGUUCGGGGAUCACCCCCCCGCCCCCUUCGGCCUGCACCGGCUGGUGGAGUUGGGCCGGGCCUCUGGGAAACGGGCCGGAGACUGGUACGGGCCCGCCAUCGCCGCGCACAUACUGCAGAAGGCCGUGUCGGCGUCGGAGCUGUCGGAUCUGGCGGUGUACGUGGCGCAGGACUGCACAGUGUACAUUGGAGACAUGUUGACCCUGUGCGGGACGUCCCGCGUGGAUCAGUCAGCGAGGUCUGGGUGGAAGUCGCUCGUUCUGCUGGUGCCUGUGCGUCUGGGGUCGGAUGUGCUGAAUCCCACUUACAUCCAAUGUGUCAAGAGGUUGCUGGAGCUGCGCUGCUGUGUCGGGAUCAUCGGAGGGAAGCCCAAACACUCCCUGUUUUUCGUGGGAUUCCAGGAUGAUCAGCUGAUAUAUCUGGAUCCUCAUUACUGUCAGGCUGCUGUGGACGUCAAACAAGACAACUUCCCUUUGGAGUCGUUCCACUGCAAGUCCGUCAGGAAGAUGUCGUUCAGCCGCAUGGACCCGAGCUGCACGGUGGGCUUCUACGCCCGGAGCAGGGAUGAUCUCCUGACUCUGUGCUCAGACGUCACGACGGCUCUGAGCUCCUCCGAGGAGAAGUACCCCAUCUUCACGUUCGUGGAGGGCCGUAAUGAAGAGGAGAGCGCCUGCGCCUCAGGCCCUCGCACGGAGACCACAGGCAGACUGGGUCGGCUCAAAAAGAGGAGCAGUGUGGACGAUUUUGUGCUCCUGUGACACCCAGACUCCACUUCCUGUUUCUUACUCGAGGACUUCCUGCAGUUAGUGUCAUGUGACAGGGGCUUUCACACUCACUGUGGAGGAGAGUGCCCGAAACAGAUGGCCAGUCAUUAGCAGGGUUUUUCCGAACUCCUGCUGUUGUUUUCUGCUCUUCUGGAGCCGUCGUGUGCAGACGCACCACGCUGGAGGAUGUGACGUGCGUUCGGUGAACAGGUGGCUAAGCAGAUUAACACGAGUGAUGCUAAUGACAGCAGACAGUGAGGCUCUCGGACAGACGUUACUCCGUGACAGGCAAACAUGGGAUUUAAACACUGUCAUUUAGUCUCCUUUUAUGGAUUUUUCCGUAUAAGAGACUUACGUUCACCAAGUCAUGUUAACUUCUCUGGUAAAGCACUGAACAACUACUACUGGCAACAUGAAUUUACAUUCACAAUACAUGUUUUUGU